UGCGCGGCGCCGGCCCAGCGAGACCCGAAGGCUUUGGUCAGGCCAGGGAGCCGAAGGGCGGGCUGUGCGCGGGGCGGCCGUUCAGCCCGCUUCUUGGGAAGGUCUCCUGACUUGGGUGACAACUUGCUGACCAGACCUGGACAACCCAUAGUUACACGAAUACCUCCACCUAUUUUGCCAAGACCAUCACAGCAAACAGGAAGCAGUAGUCUCAGUACUUUAAGGCCAGCAUAUAACAGUUCUUUUACUACAGGCUAUGGUUCAUAUGGAACUUCUUUUUAUGGAAGCUACAGUCCUUACAGUUAUGGAUAUGGUGGCUUGGGCUAUAACCGCUUUCGUACAGAUGAUAUUCCUCCCAGCAGGUUUGUUCAACAGGCUGAAGAGAGCAGCAGAGGUGCAUUUCAGUCCAUUGAAAGUAUUGUGCAUGCAUUUGCCUCAGUCAGCAUGAUGAUGGAUGCUACUUUUUCAGCUGUGUACAACAGUUUCAGAGCUGUGUUGGAUGUAGCCAAUCACUUCUCCCGCCUCAAAGUACACUUCACAAAGGUGUUUUCAGCUUUUGCUUUAGUGAGAACUAUAAGAUAUCUCUACCAACGUCUACAGCGAUUACUGGGUCUGCGGAAGAGCUCUGAGAAUGAGGAUUUGUGGGCUGAAAGUCAGGGGACAGUAGCUCGUGUUGGUCUUGAAGACAAAGCAGCUAACUCGGCAAAAUCCUGGCCUAUUUUCUUGUUCUUUGCUGUUGUUAUGGGAGGUCCCUAUCUGAUUUGGAAACUGCUUUCUACAUACAGUGAUGAAGAAUCAGUAUCUAGUAACUGGGCAAGUGGAGAAGAUGAUCAUGUAGUUGGAAGAGCAGAAUAUGACUUCAGUGCUCUCUCAGAAGAGGAAAUUUCCUUCCAUGCUGGUGACAUUCUAAAAUUAGCACCCAAAGACCAACAACCCAAAAUCCGUGGCUGGCUUUUGGCUAGUUACGAUGGUCAAACAACAGGACUUGUACCAGCUAAUUAUAUCAGAAUACUGGGCAAAAGAAAAGGCAGGAAAACAGUGGACCUGGAAAGGAUUACAGAGCAACGUCCAUCCUUUACUGGGAUGUCUGCUAGAGGAUCCACUGCUGCUGUGACUUUAGAGGAACAGGAAGCUGCUUUUGAUUCUGUUUUUAUAGGAAGUAAUAAAGUUCCUGUUGCACCUGACUCCACUGCAGUUAGUGGAGAGAAACAGGAACUCUAAUGCACUUUCCUCAACAAAGCAACUGAAUGGUGUUCUAUUGAUAAAACUUAGGGUAUGUUUAAAAUCUAUGUUGUAGUAGAACACUGAUGGGCUUGUACCAGACUGGUGUAAGGAUGGAGGAGUUCUUGCUCAAAUUUGUAUUAUUUCUUUUUGAUUCACUUAAAGUUGCAUAUUAGUGACUACUUAACCACCUUGCAGCAUCUAUAAGAUCUGGAGCCAAGAAGAAUCGAGGUGUUUAUAACAAAGCAAACAAACAAGGAAAUAAGGGCUGCCCUGUUCUCAUUAAGUAGACAGACUGUUGAUAAAGUCUAGAAUUAAUGUCCAGUCUUCAUUGGAAUGUCAGCUUGACAAGAGGCCACUUCAGCUGAUGUGCUGAAGUGAAGGGAAAGUAAAUUUCUGUGAAAAGUUGUCCGGAACUGGAGACUGAGGACAGUACUCUAGUAAUAGCACUUUGUUUCCCUCUAAGAAUUGCAAGAGAUUUAGGUGACUCAGUCAAACCAUUACAAUUUCUCAAUUGCUUCCUUUUGGUAAGAAGUACAAACCGUAACUUGUCAUAAAGACUUAGCCUGCUCUUUCUCUUUUUUUAAUAAAAAUAGUGACUUAUGAGAAAGAGAAGGGGGUACAGUAAGGGAAGGAGAUUAGAAAUUAAAAAAAAAAAAAGCAAUGCAGCUUUGCUUAUAAAAAUAACAUUAGAGUAAAGGGCAUCAUCUAGUCAAGCACUUUCCAAGCUUAUUUUUACUUCCUUCUAUGGUAUGCUAAUUUAGCACCACCUCUAGCCAUCUUGUGUUGUAGCCUAUUUGUCAGUCACCUAUCAACUACUGCAUCUCAUUUUCAUUUUUUUGUUUAUACUUGUUUUUAAAGAAUGUCAAAAUAUCCUGCAUCUAGUGCAAUAGUAAUGCUGUGGAGAGGCAGGAGUUUACAGAAUUCCAUUGAGUGGCAAAGGAAAUGUAGUUUCGUGCUUAGUUGUCCCAGUUAGUUAAGUUCUUGGAGGUACACUGCCAUUCAGGUGGUAAAUGUUACAUCAGCCCAUAAAAUUUGAGAGCUCUGAUUUAUCAAGAGCCAUAAAUGCAUUAAGACUGUUCAGUGUGUGUAGUAUUUUAUUCAUAUUGAUGUUUGAGAAUUCUGUAUUGAAAUACAAUUUUUCUUAAUGAAGGAGAGAGAAAACGUUUUUUCUUGUAGAAUAUACGUAUAUAUAUAUAUACCCACUUUAAAAGUUUGAGGGGUAGAUAAACUUACUAAAACUUGUUUUUGCGGUACAGUUUUUAUUUCAAAGAUAGAAAAGGUAGGAUACAUGCUUUUGCUUAGCUGAUCCAGUAGUUUCAAUUUCUUUCUGUAAAGAUCUUCAACAGCCAUUAUGUAUUUAAGCAAAACUUUCAGUAUUUACACUUUAAUUUCAUUUGCUGGUCUUAGAAUUCUCAACAGAAUGGACAAGAAAAAUUGAGGAGAGCAUAGUUUUAUUGAGGUAGAGUGACUGAGAAGAUGCAUCUUAUGCUGGAUGCUCAGAUUUAAAGUAACCUCUGAGUGCCUGUUUAAUAUAACAAGAAUAAGUGGCUGUGGUCAGGUGUUGGGAAAUACCAUCUUUAUUAGAUUGUUAGAUCUUCAAGUGGAGAGAAAGAAGUAGUUUAAAAAACAAAUAGGAAAUGUGAAACUGGAUUUAAAACAGAACAUGUUUAAAAAACAGUAAACAUGACAUACAAAAUACAUAGAUAAGAAAAGUUGGGGGGAGGGAGGAGGAGAGGUUAGUGUGCACAAUUUUGCUUACAGUGUGUAUUCAUGGAAGGAAUUAUUUACUGUUGUGAGAUUUACUUAAUGGGCUAUCAGUCUUCCAUGGCAGUGUAAGAUUUCAGUCAGAGGAAGGGUUUACAUAAAUGAACAAUCCAAACUUUUUGUAAUGUCCGUUCAAGUAGACUUCUACUUGCUCACAGGAAGUUUGGUAGAUAUUGCUUUGGUGUUUGUUAGAAUCUUUCAAACUACUAAUUCUAAGAUGAAUUCAAUUUUUCACAUUUUAAGAUAUACUAUUUUAAAAACAGUAGAAAAAUAGGUUAUUAAUAAUUUGUCUUUACAACAAACUUUUGUCUCAACUUUUGCCUACUGAUCACUAACUCUCAUAACUAUCUGCUAAAUGUUGGCAGAGGUUUUGAUUCUUUAGUCUUAUGAUUAAUGAGAAAAGGAAGACAAAGUAAUGAACUAAGUUAUUUAGGUGCAGAAGGGUGUUAAAAUUAAGUAAAUUGCAUAUGUGUUUUAAGAUUUAAAUUUAGUUUUUUACAAGUACAAACUAAUGUCAGGAAAAAGCCUGAAUCGUACAAUCCCAUUGUAUGCAUUUCUGGCUGCAUGUCAGCCUACGGGGAAAAAAAUCAUCUAAAUGAAUGCUGAUUGAAAAAGAGCAGCCUGUCAACCAUGCUCUCAAGACUUGCCCAACUUUAGAAAAGUGAAAAGACUGAAAGGAGCAGGUGUGGCUCCAACGGGAAUAGGUGGAAGAUUAGGAAAUCAGUUGACUCUUAGAUCCUAAGACCUCUACGUUCUAUGUUAUGUUAUUCUUUGGCAUUGUUUAUAUACCUGUAGCAUAUAGGCAUAAGAGGCUGUAACAGACCUAUGACAUUUGCAUAUAUAAAAUUUUAGUUUAUUCUUUCUUUAGUGUCAUUGAUACCCAGUUUAGUAUACCAGCCACUUUAUGCUUGAAUACUAUAUGAGCUAAUGACAGCUGCCAGUUUUGGCUGGUUCUCUGGGUGCUAGCAGGAUGCGAAUAUGCACAUGUUCAAUGCUUUGCUCAGGUUUCUGAAGAAUAAAUUAAAAAUAUUCCUUG